CAAAAAAACAUGAAGGACUUUCUGUUUUUAAUGCAUUUUAGAAGGCAUCAGGCUCCGGCUCCUCUGUUUUUACUACAUAUUAUAUUUGCUCUGCUUUCCACAACAUUUGCUUUAUUUACAGUACAAGCUCCAAGAUUGUCAUAUCAAGCACUGUACGGAGCCACCGUGCAAAUGGAAUGCAACUUUCAAGUAGAUGAUAAUUUUAACAUUACAAAAUUAACAGUUUCAUGGGACCACAUUGUUAAAUCAAAAAAGAGGGAAGCAUAUCGCAUUACCAAUGGAAUAAAGGAUCUGAUAAGUCAGGAUAAUAAUUACUUUGGGCGAACGUCAAUGUUGAUGGAUGAACUGAAAAAGGGACGGGCUAUCCUUGAGAUAAAGGAUUUGAAAAUUACUGACACAGGGUCGUAUGUCUGCCUUUUACAGCUUGAUGGAUCUGAUUACAAGAUAAUUCAUCUUGAAGUUCAAGCAUCAUAUGAAAACAUACACACGAGUAUGCAGAAAUCCUCUGAUGGAAAUGAAGUGUCACUGACAUGCCAAGCAUUUGGUUUUCCUAAAGCAGAAGUAUACUGGCAGAACAACGGUAUCAAUGCCAGCGUCUCUGAAAAUACAUCCCAUAUCCUGACUGAAGAGUCAUUUUAUAAUACAACAAGCUCUAUAACAUUUAAACUGCAUUCAAAACAAGAAUAUGACUGUGUGUUUUGGAACCAAGCUCUGCAUGAGAGGACAGUAGCUUCAUUUAGGAUUCCAGAUUCUAAAAAAGAAACCCAUAGGAAAUACAUCAUCCCAAUCUCAUGCGUGAUUGCCGUAUUGUUUAUCUUGCUUCUAGUAAUGUGUAUAAAAACAUAUUUUUCUAAGCGCUCCAGAAAAAAAGGUCAAAAUAAUGAGCCACUUUAGUGGUGAAUCUGCUGUAUGGACUGAAAAACUAAAAAAAAAUAGACUUUAACAUAUAUUUAUGCUGCCUGUAGGUUGAUAUAUGCACUUUAUAAUGUGACAAUGUGAUACAAAAACAAUGAAAUAUAUAUUUAAUAAAUAUAAUAUAUAAUACAUAGCUGUUUAUCUCAUUAUGCAGGGUUCGGGGGGAGCCCUAAAUUACAAUAUAAUGCUUUAAAAAAAAUAUUGUUUGAUUUUUCUCCAUGCUGGAGAUUUUUGAUCAUUCGGCCCUAAGAAAGCGAACGUAGAAGCAGAGAAGGAAUAGUGGGUGAAGCUGAAUUUAGAACAAAUUGAAGUGAUGAUUGUAAGCUGAGUGGUAAAACCAUUAGAAGAAUACAGUUAGCUACAAUUCUUGCAAUUUUCUUGAGAUGGAUGUGGCAAAACAUGGUGUGAGAUUAUAUGUGGGGUAAACAAGAGGGCAAUGUAAGGCACACAAUAUAGAAUGAUGCUCACGGCUCGUCCAUUAGAAAGCCAUAGUGAUCAAACAAGAUCAAAGGUAAAUAGAUUCCAAAGACCUUAAAACAGGAAAACUGCAUUGGCUAAAAUUAGAAAAGAUGUGAGGAAAGAGGUUAUAUAGCAGAGUAGACAUAACAGCCUUCCCUGAAGGGAUUAAGUAUUUUGCUUUUUGUAAUGUCAAAAAGAAAAAUGGUAGGGUGGCACUGUAAACUAUUUAUGUUUUUGAGAAAAACAGAUGAGCUUUACUCGGUGCAUCCCCUAUUACUAGUUCAAUGCAAUUCUUUUAAAUCCCUUUCAAGCUUGAAAAAUGCCCAUUUACAGACAAAACACCUAGCCUUUUCUUUCUUUUCAUUUUGUGGUCCCAGAGUUUUCACCAAUGGCCAAGAAUACUGGCGGUAACGGUUUGUGUUGCAUUUCAGUUUUGUUCUAGAGGGGACAACUCACAGAGCUUACAUGUUCAUAAUCAUGCCUCAAUCAUAACUAUUCUCCUUGGUAUCUAUCAUUUGCUUCCAAAUUUCUGGUAAGAUACCCUCUAUAUGCCUAUAUGGCUUAUACAUUUUCUCAGCUAUAAUGCUCACAUUAUGAAUACAUGCCCCAAAAAGAAUAACUUUCUCACACCAAAAUACUAAGCCUAUUACUUGUUAUUCAUACUGAUAGUCAUUGUUUGAAACUUCUUAUACAGGUUUACUUUUACACAAAAGUUCUAGAUUGGAUUUCCAUGAUCACCUUAAUAUUCUCUGCACCCCAAAUAUCUCCUUUUUUUGUACUGAUCAUUUUGGAAAAUGUUAUAAAAGAGAACCUGUGGCCCCUAUUUAAGAGAGUCUGGCGGACCUGAUCCGACAGUGCGGAUCAGGUCCGCCAGACCUCGCUGAAUACGGCGAGCAAUACGCUCGCCGUAUUCAGCAUUGCACCAGCAGCUCACGUGGUCAAUGGGCCGCCAGCAGGGGGGUGUCAAUCAACCCAAUCGUACUCGAUCGGGUUGAAUUGCAGCAAUGUCUGUCCGCCUGCUCAGAGAAGGCGGACAGGGUUAUGGAGCAGCGGUCUUUGUGACCACUGCUUCAUAACUGCUGUUUCUAGCGAGCCUGCAGAAACACGGGGCAUCAAGCUCCAUACGGAGCUUGAUAGAUAGGCCCCUGUAAGUCUACCUCCAUGUUCUCUUAUUAUUUAUUAGUCUAAAUACUACCACAAACAGGGACUAGAUGGCCUGGUGAAUUGGAGGGGCCAGUGGCACACACCCCCCCUUUUCCAUGGUCAUGAGAUAUUUAAUUAUUGGGCUACCCGAAUAAGGUUCAUAUGUUAUUUCAGGUGAUUUAGAGUGAAAGUUAAUGUUGACUCUUGACCAUUGUUUAGCUAUAUCAGCUUUCAGUGGGCAAAUGCAACUUACCAUAGGAAUUUAAAAACCUGGAUACAUAGUCACAGUCUCAGUUUGGUCUAGAUCUUGUUUAUUUACCAUAUAUACUGUUUUUUAUUAUUAUUUACUGUAUGUAAUGGUUUUUAUAGUCCAUCAGAUUAAUGUACCAAAAUAAUAACUCUGUGGUUGUAUUAUUACUUAUGGAAACUCUAAUAAAAAUCAUCUAUAAUAAAAACAAA